AUGAUGCAAGCCAAGAAGAUCAAGUACGACGUCAUCGGACUGACCGAGACGAGACGACGUCACCCUCUCAACGCCGUAUAUGAAACUGGAGAAGAACUGUUCUUAGGAACAUGCGACAGUAGAGGAGUCCGUGGAGUUGGUGUCCUCGUCAACACGAGUAUGGCAUUAAACAUCGACUCUUUCGAACAACUUACGACCCGAAUCGGACGUCUGCGGAUGAGAAGAUGUGGCCCAAUACCAGCUUUGACUAUCUUCGUCGUUUACGCUCCAACAUCAAGCUACGAAGAAGAAGAAGUCGAAGCUUUCUAUAUGGACCUGGAGAAGUUCUACCAAGAAGAUCAUGCCUUCUACAAGGUCAUAGUUGGCGAUUUCAACGCUAAGGUUGGCCCAAGAAGAACGCCGGAGGAACUUCACAUCGGGACCCACGGCCUACAAUGGAAUGACCAGGGAGAGAGGCUCUCCGAGUUCAUCAAGACCAUCCAUGGGAACUCGCAAUUUGAGAAGCCCUCUUCUUUACGCUGGACGUGGGAGUCACCCGGUGGAGGGAGAGCAGAGAAAGCCGCCAAGUUCAGAGAGAGAAAUCCUAGGACUACCAUCAAGUGGGAUCUCUUCGCUACGCUAGCCGGCUUUUGGGAAGAUUCUGCAAUGGACAACAUCGACGAGGAAUAUGACCGGCUUGUCGAACACCUUCACGACUGCGCGAAGAAGGCUGAGAGUUUUAAAACCACCAGGAGGCGUCUGUCUCUUGAAACUCUUGAGCUGAUACGCCAGCGUGGAGCAGCACGAGCCGCAGGGAACCAAGAACUCACGUCCGAGCUCGCAAGGCUUUGCCGAGAGGCGAUAAAGGAAGACCUUAAAGAGAGAAGAGUAGAAGUGCUGGUUGAAGCUGCAGAGGCGGGUAAAAGCAUCCGCUAUACCCGUCGAGACUUCGCCAGUUGCAAGAUGAGGAUGACUGCUCUCCGGAACCCAAAGGGAACAGCCAUUUCAUCGAGAAGGGGGAUGGAGAAAAUCAUCUACGACUUCUACUCUGAUCUCUUCGACAGCCAUGUCCACUUGCCUCCUCACCAUCUGAGGACUGAUGGACAUGUCACUCUAAAGAAUAAGACCAGAACACCUGAAGAACCUUCCGCCAGUACUCAUCAACAUCCUGGCGAGGCUCUUUACACGUUAUCUGUCGGAAUGCAAGGACAGUCAUGCGAGCAAGCAGGGUUUCGAAAAGGAUUCAGCACGAUUGACCACAUUCACACUGUUUCGAAACUCAUCGAGGUAUCACGAGAGUACAAGAUGCCGCUCUGUCUCACCUUCAUCGACUUAAAGAAGGCUUUCGACUCGGUUGAGACGGAAGCGGUCGUGGAAGCCUUGGACAACCAAGGCGUCCCUACUCAGCAUAUAAAGGUACUUCGAGAGUUGUACAGUAACUUCACGACCGGAAUUUUGCCAUUCUACAAGAACAUCAUCAUUGACGUGAAGAGGGGAGUCCGACAGGGUGAUACAAUUUCACCCAAAAUAUUCACAGCCACCCUCGAGAACGCAAUGCGAAAAUUGGAAUGGGACGACAUGGUAGUGAAGGUUGAUGGUCGGCAGCUACACCAUUUGCGCUUUGCUGAUGACAUCGUACUGGUAACACCUAGCAUCAGCCAAGCGGAACGAAUGCUGACCAAAUUCGACGAAACAUGUGGAUGCAUCGGUCUUUAG